AAUGCUGUAACUGAGGCAGUGAAAGCGUGUAUCGAAGAACAUGUUCAGCCCUUACAAGACGAGGUUAAGGGUUUGAAAUCAUCGAUUAUACAACUAGAGAAUGAACUUGAACAAACGAAGCGUUUGGUCCAGCCCUUAAACGAUACGGUUAUUGCACUUGAAGAUUUUGUGCUUAAUCUUGAGAAUGAGAUAACUAGGUUAUCAUUUAAAGCAAACGAUUAUGAGCAGUAUUCACGUCGCUAUAAUGUGCGAAUUUAUGGUUGCCCAGAAGAGAAUGGUGAGAUUUGUUCAGCGAAGGUCGAUAAUGUAUGUCGUAAUGAAAUGAAAGUUGAAGGCUCCUCCGUUGAUCAAAUUGAUCGAUGCCAUCGAGUUGGUAGACCUAGGACGGACGGAAAACCAAGAGCAAUAAUUGUUCGGUUCAAAUCACACAAGUCUAAACUAUGUGUGAUGAAAGCGAAGAAAAAUUUAAAAGGCACGCCCUAUUUCAUCAACGAAGAUUUGACAAGUGUUAACCAGAAGUUAUAUUUUACCGCUCGUACUGGUUGCUUAAACGUGGCGACUGUUUGGUCAACUGAUGGAAAGAUUUUUGUCAAACGGCAAACUGAUGAUAGAAAAUUUCAAAUUACUCAUCAUUCAGAUUUUGGAAAAUACGAACUCAAGUGA